UUCACAUUUUCCUUCACACGAAGAAAGCAAGCAAGCACACUCAAUGAGUUUCACAUAAAAAGGCCAGUCCUAGUAUGCAGGACAUUCAGACAAUGAGGAAGCUGAUUUUGGUGUUGGUUUUGUUCCAUCUGGAAACGAGUUACUGUGUGCCGCUUGUACCAGCACUUUAUGUGUUUGGAGAUUCCUUGUUUGAUAGUGGUAAUAACAAUCUCUUGCCAACCUUUGCCAAAGCUAAUUUCUUUCCUUACGGUCUCAAUUUUGCUAAAGGAGUUACAGGACGAUUCACCAAUGGCAGAACUCUUCCUGAUUUUAUUGCUGAAUUCCUGAGGCUACCAUAUCCUCCUCCGUAUCUCAGCGUUAGGACAUCCGCUCCACUUACUGGUCUGAAUUUUGCAUCUGGAGCUUGUGGCAUUCUACCACAAACCGGGACCGUUUUGGGAAAAUGCUUGAAUUUGGAAGAACAGAUCAAUUUAUUUCAAGCUAUUGUUAAGUUAGAGCUACCAAAACACUUGAAAAGCACCAUAGAGAUUUCAAAUCACUUAGCCAAGUCUAUAUACGUAUUUUCUAUAGGCAGCAAUGACUAUAUCAACAACUACCUUCAGAAAGCAAUUUACGACUCCAGCCGAAAGUAUACUCCUCAAGAGUUUGCAAACCUCCUCUUGUCUAAACUCUCUCUGAGUUUUGAGAGGUUGUACAAGUUAGGAGCUAGGAAGAUUGUAAUGUUCGAGAUCGGUCCUAUCGGAUGCAUCCCAUCGAUUGCCAAGAAAAAUAGAAAGAAUGGAAAAUGUGAUGAAGAAUCCAACCAUUUAGUCUCCUUUUUCAACAACAGACUUGCUGGAGUGCUUCAAAAUUUGACAUCUAAUCUCCAUGGAUCCAUGUUCGUUUAUGGCCAUGUCAAUUGGCUAGGCUACGAUGCCAUUAUAAAUCCUUCUAGAUAUGGGUUAGUUGAUUCAAGCAAUCCUUGUUGCAAGACUUGGGGCAAUGGGACUUCUGCCUGCAUUCCAUUGAUACCACCUUGUCUUAAUCCAAAUAAACAUUAUUUUUUUGAUGCUUAUCAUCUCACUGAAACCGUAUGUUCUGUUAUAGCGUCUCGUUGUAUCAAAGACAAAUCAGUCUGUUCUCCGACGAUAACUGAGAUUUUGUUGAAAUAGCAAAAGCAAGGCGGUGUGCUUCAGGAUUCGGUUUUUGUUGUGCUGAAUGCUCACAUACGUGUCGAAGAAUUUCUUUGUUUAUGUGCUUAUUGCUCUUCAUGUGUUUCCAGGUGUCUUCUGGUUGCCCAAGUGUCUUUAUUUUGGCUUAGUGGGUUUUGGUUUCAGUUUUUUUUUUUUUUUUUCCCUUGUUUGCUCGUGGAAGAGUUGUAAGUUUUAUCUUCUUAUUUCUUAUUCAAUAAAAUAUAUAAAUAAAGGCUAAACUUGUUCAAAU